AUGUCUUGGGACAUUCGGUGCACACAGAGGAAGUUCUUUGUUGAGAAAAUCUUUGCAACAAGAAUCUACGUUUCCUCUCCGGUGGAAAGAAUCCUCUUUGCCUCUUGCCACUUUACAGGCGUAUACUUAAAGAGAAACACUGCAGUGCCAUUUCUUGAGACAGAGAAGGUUGUUCUGGGAGUGAACACCGCACAGAUAGAGAACGUGGAGUACUCUCUUUUUCUGCCAAAGGACAUUCCGCCCAGUUACAGCGGUGCAAACAUAGCUGUGGUCUACAGCCUGAACAUCCAAGUGCAGGGAACAGAGAGCACAUACAAUACGACCAUUAUGUGCUCUGUUGUUUCUGGCAUUCCUGUGAGUUUUGAAAGCUCUGCCAAAAUGCUUAUCUCCGAGAAAUACGCAAAUGUCAGAGAUCUACCAGACGAAAAGAGUCUCAUUGCUGCAACAAAUGCGCACGAGAGGUACUGCUACGAAGAAAUAGUGAACAAUCUGCGAAAGCUAAGCAUAAACAGGAUAGAGCCUGCUGAGUUUAUUCUGAAGAGUAAAAAGGUAGAUGAACUCCUCAAAGAGCCGCUCAGCCAGGUGUGUGCACAGGCAAAGGCCUUCUGGGUUGUGGAGAAAGAGAACACUCACCACCCACUAGAUUUAUAUUCUAAAAUUUUAAAGUACGCACCAGCACAGAGCUCCAGACAGUCUUUUUACUCCAUUCGGACACAGGGCAUAGAGUACGCAAAGCUUCUGCUCUCUAUUGUAGAAGAAGAGCCGCCGCACUGUUUGUUGCACCUGUCUAUGGAAGUUCUUGAUCCGAUUGAAAAUAUACGCAUCUCUUUGGUGCAGGUGGAGACAGUUGAGGAGACAGAAGAAAAGUCCAGCUUUUUUACCACUUCAAAAAAUAUACUAUUCGCAAAGAAUGUGGAGUUUGCCAUUCCGCUGGACAGAGCACGCAAUCCGACAAUAGUAACACCAAACUUCAACACACAGGUCGAACUAAAGCUGGAAAUAGAUAGUAAGCAGCCGGUUCGAAUAAAAAUAAAGUAG